AUGACUAGUAGAUUAAUUAAUAGAUAUGUGAGAGAUUAAAAUGCUGAACAUUUAAAUUAAUAAUAAAAUUUCGUGUUGUCUGAUAUUUAGAGCAAUUUUAAUACAAAAGUUAUUGAUAAUCCAUAUAAAUAAGUUGAAACAGUUAUACCAAAUAGUAUUAAUAUUUAAAAAAUUUAGCCAAAAAUUCCAAUUUAUAUACUAAGAAAUUGGAAUAAUAGUUUGAAAAAAAAAUAAAGGAUAAAUUCAAAAAAAAAUAUGUAGAUACUAAUGAAUAUUUGGAACUUGUUGGUCAAAAUGUAUAUAAAAAAGAAUUAGAAUUUAUAAUGAAAGAACAACAAUAAGAAUACCAAUAUUUUGAAGAGAAAGCAGAUGAAGAAGAAGUUUAUUUUAAUAAUUGGAAUAAUUAGUAAUUAGCAAAAAUGAGCCAACCAUUAAUAUAACAUUUCUGA